AUGAGGCUGAUCGAUGCGGGGCAGCCCGUGGAGUCGCUCGAGACGGCGAAGAAGUUCCUGGAGGAGGCGGCCCCGGAGGGGUUCGACCAGCAGCUGCUGGCCACCGAGAUCCUGGACCAGGGGUUCCGCGAGCUCCGGGCGGUCUGCGAGUCUUUGGCUGCUGGCAGCGGCAAGACGCCCUCGCGGGUCAACGACGCCGCCGAGACCCGGCUGAAGGCCAACAUCGCCUGCCUGGAGGGCCUGCGUGCGCAGCACGAGGCGAGGCCCAUGACGGCCAGAGAGCUGGCCGAGCUGGGCGAUGAGGCGGCUGCGGCAAGCCACAAGCUUGAGCUCGAGCUCACUAAGCGCCAGGAGAGGGUCGCCAAGCUGAUCAAUUCCAUUGGUGACUUCCCCACCCGUCGCCAGGAGGUCAUGGCCACCUGCCUCAGUUGCGAGCGCAUGCGACGGCAGCGCUUCGAGGAGUUUCUUGCCGCGUUGCAGAAGUUACUGUGGGGCGAGGACUCCUUUGCCGAGUUCGCACACGAUCCAACAUUAGCCCCUACGACCCGAGAGGUCAUCAAGCGCGCCAGCGGCUUGGUGGACCAGGCAUGGCGCGACAUGGUCGGCGUGGCUGCAGAGGCACUGGAUGAUCGCAAUCCGAUUGGCGCACAGUCCGAGGACAUGAGCAACGCGGCGAACCAGUACAAGGCCAUGCGGCAGGAGUUGCAGAAGAACUUCAGGCGACUUGGAACGCUCGAGGAGAAGGCCUUAGAGGGUCCGCCGCCCCCGCGGGCCCAAGGGCCCAAGGCGGCAGCUCCGGCCAAGACCUCCACGGCGGCCGCACAGGCCCCGCAGCCCAAGACCACGGCCUCUGCCGCGGGCGCCCCCAGCGCCACGACCACGGCCUCGCCCCCCGAGGAGCCCCACCCCGCGGCCAGCCGCGCCCCCGCGGCGCCGACGCCACCCUCGAGCCCGCCCGUGUGCCAGGGCGGGGCGCUCCCAGCGGAAGGGCCCUCGGCGGAGGCAGGCCUCGCCGCCGUGGCCGGCGCGGGCGCUGCCGGCGCGGCCGCCGUCACGGCGGGUGCGCUGGCGUCCACAGGGGCGCCGACCGCACAGGCGGCGCGCGACGCGCCCUUGCCGCCAGCGCCGGUGACUCAGUGGUCGCGGCUGCCGUCCGUCGGCACGUGGCUCGUCGUGCGGCUGCAGGAGGCCCCGCAGCCCGAGGUGCCGAGGGAGGAGUGCGGCGAGCCGCCGUGCGUCGUGCAGGCCUGCCCCGAGCCCGGGGAGCCGUCGAAAACUGCGAUGGAGCCGCCGUGCGUCCUGCAGGAGUGCCCCGAGCCAGAGGAGCCUCCGGAGACGGCGAUCGAGCCGCCGUGCGCCAUGCAAGAGUGCCCGGAGCCCGAGAAGCCCUGGAAAGCAGCGGUCGAGGCACAGGAGCGCGCCGAGCUCGAGAAGCCCCCCAUGGCGGAGGUCGAGGCGCCCCGCUCCGUGGCCGAGGAGGUGGAGCCAGCCGAGGCUCCGCCGGCGGCUGCGGAGGAGGCGAAGCUGGCAGAGCCUCCCGUGGAGGCACCCGCAUCGGCGGCGGAUGAGGCAGAGUCAGCUCUGGCAGCGACUGAGGGAGAAGCGAGUCCAGAGGCCGCCCCGGCGGCGCCCACGUAG